AUCUGACAUCGGAGCUGAAACCGGAAAAACCCAACUUCAUGGAAGAUAGCAAGGAGAAGAACACGACACCAUGGCUAUCAGUGCCCCAGUUUGGGGAUUGGGACCAACAGGGAGUAAUGCCAGAUUACUCCAUGGAUUUCACCAAGAUCAGAGAAAUGAGGAAACAGAACAAGAGGGAUGUGUCAAGAGCCAGUCUUGGAAAUGAAGAAGAGCUCAUCUCCUCGACCGUCGCCUCCAAAAACACGGCCGACAGUAACCUCCGGCAUUGCCACCAGACCCAUUCUCCAACUGCAAGGAGAAGCAUUCUCAGAUACUUCAAUUGCUGCGCAAAAGCUUGAGAUUCAUUGAGACGACUGUGUGAUGACCUAAGUAUAUAGAGCGUGCAAGAGUAGGAAGAAUGGUUUAUGUGUGAAUCGAAUGAGGAUAUUUUCUUUUCUUGCAACCUUUGUUGAUUGAUGGAUGGCUGUUCUGGUUACGAAGUAGAGAUAAACUUUCAUGUCUGGGUCAAGGAUUUAAGGAGGAAGAGGGGAAAAAAAUUCUUUUUUUAUUUUAUCCAAAGCGAAAAAAAUUACUACUAUAAAAA